AAUCACACAGACACGCACACGCAGAGGCAGAGCGAUAGAUAUACCAUCUGUUUGCGGCUAAUAUCCAUAGAUUUCAUUCACUCUGAAGCAAUUUAACAUCAGCCAAAACAUUGUCCCGUUUACAUCUACAACUCUCUGUACAUCUACGUUUUGUAUGUAAUUAUUGAUCAAUCUCCUGCCCACCGCCAUUUCCACAAUUCAAAGCUUCGGUUAGCACCAACUGUUGUUUCUUUUUUUUCACCGCUUCACAAUUUUCAGAUGCGGGUAUAAAUUAUCCCCUCCGUGGCUACGUGAAUAACGAGGUAUAUAGCUCUGAAGUUUAUUAUCUUGACUUCCUGUAGUUGCAAUUUUUAGUGCAAUGACAGAAGCUGAUAGUGAAAUAAUAAAACCGGAGAUGCUAAAGGCAUAUGUUUGGCUUCAAACUUCGGAUGGUUCUAUCCAGCUAGUAGAGCAAGAAGUUGCUAUGUAUUGCCCAUUUAUAUGUCAAGAAAUACAUGCUGGCAUGGGAUCUUCCAAGAAUUAUCCCAUCUCUCUUCCUUCACGUGUCAAUCCUUCCAUGCUGAGCUUGAUACUUGAUUACUGCCGAUUCCAUCAAGUACCAGGACGUUCCAACAAGGAGAGGAAGUCAUUUGAUGAGAAGUUUGUUCGAAUGGAUACCAAAAGGCUUUGUGAACUGACAUCUGCUGCUGACAGCCUGCAGCUGAAGCCAUUGGUUGAUCUCACUAGUAGGGCUCUUGCACGGGUAAUUGAAGGAAAGACUCCAGAAGAGAUCCGAGAGAUAUUUCAUCUCCCUGAUGAUCUUACAGAGGAGGAAAAGUUGGAACCUAUCAAAAACACCAUUGAUGAUCCUAGGAUUCGGCUUUUGAAUAGAUUGUAUGCUAGGAAGAGGAAAGAAUUAAAAGAAAGAGAGAGGUUGAAGAAUGUUGAGACUGAAGAGGAUCACGGGGACGAGCGUUCAGUCGAUGACUUGUUAUCUUUUAUUAAUGGAGGCGGUGAAGACUCUAAGGGAACUAGAGCUUCUAAGAGUAAAAAGAAGAGCCGUAAAAGGAAAGAUCUCAAGACUGCUUAUUCAAACUGCACAAGUACUUCAAACAAUACCUCUUCUUCAAAUCACGAUGUAGAUGUGAACAAGAAGGAAACAAAUGAGCUUCAUUCUGAGUCUGGUAAUCCUUCAUUACAUAACAAGCUUCUUAAUGAUGUUUGUAAUGCAACUAAGCUGCUCGACCUUGAAGAUGACGGAUUAGCAGCUGAAGAUGAGUUUGAUGGGAUUGAUCCUGCACUAAAAGAAAAACUUGACAGGGAAGUAGAAGACUUCGCGAGAAGGUUAAAUUCAGAUUGGCCAGAAAUAAUGCAAGAGGUUCUUUCUCGAGGUCAGGAGAGAAGACCUUUACCGUUAACAGUCAAUGGGAAUGGUUCCUUGAGGAGAUAUACAAGUAGGCUCGGAUCAGCGCCACAAUUGAUACCCCGGAAACACCUAUGAACCGGAAACACCUAUGAACUUCAAAACGGACAGUUGACCAGAAAAGUUAAUGGUUAGCACCCUACUGACAGGUUGGUUAUGGCAUGCAAGCUUCGACCAGAGCAUACAUCCGAAUGGGAUUGGCAUUUCAAUUUCACUGGGAAUUUUUUGACAUUGUUAUUCAAUUUUGACACUUGACCUCCACAGCAAACAAUAAGGGAAAGAACACGCUUUCAAGAUGCCGAUACCAGCCAAUUUUGCUCCUCUCUUCAUCGUUUUUCUUCGUCUGUUACCUUUUCUUCGCUUUCAAGUUGGCCUACUUACUGUUGGUUGUCAUAAUUUUCUCUCGUGUUGUACCAGCCAAUUUGGAUUAGAGAUCUUAUUGCUGAAAGUCAACAGCCAAAUGAGUUAUAGUGUUGUAAAUAUCAACAAGUUUGAUGCUUUCUUCUAGUUAUUUAAAGUUAAAUACAGUUUGUAUUCUUCGGUCAAAA